CAGCGGCUCUGGGCGAGCACAGGUCAGGCUGGGCAGCGUGUCCCUCCACACGCUCGCUCCCUUUCCCCCUCGCCGCUCGCAGCGCUACCAUCCUUUAGGCUCUAACUUCCCCUCCAGCUGCCCACCCCAUCACCUUCUGGCCGAGACCCGGGCUGCCCACUUCUAGGCUCAGGAGGUUUUAGUGGCUUAAAAACAAACAACAACAAAAAACCAAACCAAAAAAUCUGCCUGAGAGGAGGGGGCGUGGCGGGAAAGGAUGCGAAACCCGGUUUUCCUGCUCGGCUUCUGGAGCGUCUAUUGUUGCUUCCCGGCGGGAAGUCUCACAACCUUAAGUCCCCAGGGGUCGCUGCGAGAUGAGAGUCAUAAGCCUGCUGGAGUGCCAGCUACUGCCAAACCCUCUGUGGCUUUUAACAUCCGCACUUCUAAGGACCCAGAGCAUGAAGGGUGUAAUCUCUCCCUUGGUGACAGCAAACUCUUAGAAAACUGUGGCUUCAACAUGACAGCCAAAACCUUCUUCAUCAUUCACGGAUGGACGAUGAGUGGUAUGUUUGAAAGCUGGCUGCAUAAACUUGUGUCAGCCCUGCAGACAAGAGAGAAAGAUGCUAACGUAGUGGUGGUUGACUGGCUGCCCCUGGCUCACCAGCUGUACAUGGAUGCAGUCGAUAACACCAGGGUGGUGGGGCAGAGAGUAGCUGGGAUGCUUGACUGGCUGCAGGAAAAGGAAGAAUUUUCUCUUGGGAAUGUUCACUUGAUUGGCUACAGCCUUGGAGCACAUGUGGCUGGAUAUGCUGGCAACUUCGUGAAUGGAACAGUGGGCAGGAUCACUGGUCUGGAUCCCGCGGGACCCAUGUUUGAAGGGGUGGACAUCAACAGGAGGCUGUCUCCGGACGAUGCAGACUUUGUGGAUGUCUUGCACACCUACACGCUGUCCUUUGGCUUGAGCAUUGGGAUUCGGAUGCCUGUGGGUCACAUUGACAUCUAUCCCAAUGGUGGUGACUUCCAGCCAGGCUGUGGAUUCGAUGAUGUCAUCGGAUCUUUUGCAACUGGAACGGUCUCAGAGAUGGUGAAAUGUGAGCAUGAGCGAGCCGUACACCUCUUUGUCGAUUCCCUGGUGAAUCAGGACAAGCCGAGUUUUGCCUUCCAGUGCACGGACUCCAGCCGCUUCAAAAGGGGGAUCUGCCUCAGCUGCCGGAAGAACCGUUGUAAUAACAUUGGCUACAAUGCCAAGAAAAUGAGAAAGAAGAGGAAUAGCAAAAUGUAUUUAAAAACCCGGGCUGGCAUGCCUUUCAGAGUUUACCAUUAUCAGCUGAAAGUUCACAUGUUCUCUUACAAGGACAGUGGGGACAUCCAGCCCACCCUCUACAUUACCCUGUAUGGUAGCAAUGCAGACUCCCAGAACCUGCCCUUGGAAAUAGUGGAGAAGAUUGAGCUGAAUGCCACAAAUACCUUCCUGGUCUACACUGAGAAGGACUUGGGCGAUCUCUUGAAGAUCAGACUUACCUGGGAGAGGGUAUCCCAUUCCUGGUACAACCUGUGGAAUGAGUUUCGAAGCUACCUGUCUCAAUCCAGCAACUCCUCAAGGGAGCUGUACAUCCGACGAGUUCGUGUCAAGUCUGGGGAAACCCAGCGAAAAAUGACCUUUUGCACUCAAGACCCUACGAAAAGUAGCAUCUCCCCUGGCCAGGAGCUGUGGCUUCACAAGUGUCAGGAUGGCUGGAAAAUGAAAAAUGAAACCAGUCGCUUUGCGGAGCUGGCCUGAGGGUCCAGGAAAUCCUGAUGUCCACACCCACACCCCACUGUCCACGCACAUGGAGGAAAGUUACUGCUGAAGACCCACUCAGUGGAAGAUCUCAGCCUCGAACCCCAGGAGGAGCUUGCUUGCUGGGCUCAUCCUGCCUCCCCUGGCAGCUGUGACGUCUCCCCGAGAGCCCUGUGCACUGUUGAAGUCCUUGCUGAUGAUUCUUAACUCCAAAACCUCUGUUGCCACCUCAGGAAGCUGAGUCCAGGUUGUGUGUGAGCACUGGACAGAGCCCUUCUCCACUUGGGGCUGCUCUCACUGUUGCUAGGUGAGCGCUGGCUUUGUCCAGCAUCAGGGAACACAGGCUAUGAAGUGGCCCUGUGUGGAAGGUUGGUGGCUGCUUGGCCUCACUGAACCUUAGUGACAAGUCUUUGCCUCAGGAGCUGACUCAUGCCAUAGUGGCAGCCCUGUUACCCAGAGAGGGGACUGUAGAUCAGGCUGGGACUGCUGCCCUCCCACAUAAGGCACUGGUUCUAUCCUGGAUAUUUCACCAUGCCUCCCAGAUCACCUUCUGAAGUUCACAUUGUUGCCAUUUCCUUUUUAUGUCAUUCAGACUUUGGCUGAACAAGCAUUUAUUGGGCACCUCAACUAAUUAGCACCAGGCAGUAGACACAUGCCUCAACUUUGGCAUUUGGAGCCAGUGGGAUCAGGAUCCCUGGAAUCUCUCAAGUUCGAGGGCCCACGAGUAUGCCUGUGACAGUUAGAGACAGAUGGGAUCAAGGCGGGGGCUACAGGCUGAAUGAGCUUGGUCUGAGGCUUUUAUGUACCAUUUUCUCUGAGGGCCACCCUUGAUCACUAGUAGAACAGUAAGCAGAACAUCAUCAUGCAUGCUGGCCACAUGGAGCAAAGUCUCUGCUGGUUAGGGAGCUAUACAUGAGUUCUACAAACCAGCUGUGCAGAAACCGGCCCCGUGGUCAGAGCCAGCUUGAUGUUUACCACGGUGCUCUUUCUUCCAUGAAGCAGUUUGCGUUUAUAUCAGUGCCUUAUCUGUUAAAGUCCUGGAGGAAAACCCCCUAUUCUAGAUCUUAAUGUGAACUGAAAAAUGUGGUACCCAAGACACCCUUUUGUAGUUUUUGGACAGCUUGCAUGUGUGCUGUCUAAUUAGAAUGCAGGGAGCAGGGCAGCAGUUAUUCUUGUUUUACAAAAUCAAGGCUUAGAGAAAUUCAGCCACCUGCUUAGAUGUCACACCAAGGUGGUUGUGGGAGAGGGCAAGCUAAAGACCCAGCAAGGUUUCCUGGAGACAAAGUUCAUGAAAUCCUUAUAACUCCAUAAAGAUGUCUGCAGCUAUUUCCCACCAAUAUGUUCCUGAGGUGAUAAGCAGGGAACUUUUUUUUUUCUCCCAGAGGUAUCCAUAAAAUCUAAACCCUUUCCUUAAGAUACAAGCAGAAGAACACAUGGAGAAGGGUUGAAUUUUUGUGGGUGUGCUGUCAGCCGGGGGGUGGGAGAGCGAUCACUCUGUGUUUAGGUUUGGAGUGGACAUUCUUUGUAUCUGUACUGUACAAACUUUACAUCACUGUUUCAUGCCAAAGUUCUGAAGACAUAACCAGUUGACCCUUCGCACAAAGUGCCCUCGCAAGCCCCCGGUGUGCUUCUGUGAUUGCUUUCUUGCCAAAGCGAAGCUUGUUAUUGGCCAUGCAUCCUGUGACUUCCAGCUUGGGUUUAGUAAUGAGCUGAGUCCCUCUGUGGGCUGUGUAUUUAUCCAUUUGGCUUGAAGCUUUGUUUGUAUAUCUGAUGCUUUUUAAAAAAAAAAAAUGCUCAGACCACUAUUUAUUUCUUGAGUGUAUAUAAUGUAUAAAGACAAAUAUAUGGUCAGUUUUUACUUUAAGAAUAACCAAUUUCAAGAUUUACAAAAA